UUCUGAGAGAGGUGGAUGCUGACGUCAUACGGGAUAAUUAUUUUUCUUUUUUCUUUUUGGAUUUUGCAGGAGUUGGAGAGGCAGCGCGGGGAAGCUCAAUAGGUGGGUGCGUCCCCACAAGAAUUGAAUAAAUGCACCGUGAUGGAGCAGAUCUGCAACCCUGCACAUCUGCUCCUCUGAACAUUAGGAAUGGUCUAGAAUGCCUUAAGAAGUAAGCUAACAAAGUGUAAAUAUAGUUAUAUGCUCAGGAUUGGCCUGGAUCCAGAUAUUUUGUGCUCUAAUUGAGUUGGGUGUUGUCUAAAAUGGUCUUUGGAUCCAUGAUAAUGGAGAAUUUAUGAAGAUUUGCUUUGGAACUGGAAUAGGCUUCUUAAAGUUGCGGCUGCUGUAACAUGUUGAGGAAUUGAGUAUGAACAAAACGAAGUGGCGUCGAAGAGAAGCAAGUUGAAGGAGAGUUUUUGAAUAGAUUUUAAUGAAUGGAAAAAUUGAGUAAAUAGAAUGAAAGAAAACCCACAAAAGCAACAGUACAGAGCAUUGAAGUUUUGAGGUGUAGUGAAUUAAGCUUUUACUAGUUUUUGAGGUGUAGUCGUCAAGUAGUUCAUGAGUUUUGAGAUUUGGGGCUGGAUUGAGAGUCGUGUGGAUCGGGAUUGGGAGGGAAUGUUUUGAGAAUGUAUGGUUUGAGGGGAAGAUUGGGAAUUCGGGAGAUAGAACGGGAUUGGAUGUCGUGGAAGAUGCUGUAAGAAUGCAAGGAAGUGGAUAAGCAUUUGGACUAAAAGAUUGAGGAAAUUCCAGAUCAAUGUUGAAGAUUUGCAGUUGAAUGCGUUUGUAGUAGUUUUUCUAUAUUAGGUUGGGUAUAGAAUCUUCGGAUGAAUGUGGCCUGGAAUUGAAUAAUUUUGUUGGAAGAUAUUUCAUUUUGGAAUGGACCAAUAGAAGUGUUCCUUUGAGUCAGGAUGAUGUGGGUGUAUUUCAACAGAAUCUAAAAACGCAUCGGAUUGAAGGGCAGUUGAAGAUUACAAUUCAAUUGAAUUUCUGAGGGCUUUUGGAGCCAGUAUGGUUUUGGGUUCUGUUUAUAAUCAUCUUUGAAUUUAUGAAAUUGAGUGAGAGAUAGACUUUGAACAGAUCAAACUGGUAUAAUUUAAUAGAUCAUACAGUAUUUAUUUGUUUACAUGAUUGUUCCUACAGGCAUACAGAUUUAAAAUAAAGUGUAAGCUUUAUUUGAUUCUCAUGGUUUAAGUUUCCUGUUCUACUGCUAGGUUGUAACUGUAGAUAUCUGGUUAAAAGUUAAAAAGGAAGUGUGUUGCUUUGAAGAGGUAUUGAAGGUUUGCUUGGUAUUGAAAAUAGGAAACUUGAUAUAUUGAUCCAAAAUGGGAUACAAUGCAUCUGUGGACCAUUUUGAGAGCCUCCCCGAUUCAGUUUUGCUUGUAAUUUUCAACAAAUUUGGUGAUAUCAAGGCCCUAGGUCGGUGUUGCGCUGUAUCAAAGAGGUUCUGUAGCAUAGCCCUACAAGUACAAAAUGUAGUUGUUAAGGUGGACUGUGUGAUAUCAAACGAAGAAACCAGCGGCGGCAGCAGUACCAAGAACAGGGGGAUUUGGAGCAACCUGAUGAGAUUUAUGUCAGGUGGUGUUUUUAGGCCAUUACAGGCUUUGCAAGGUUUCUUGGGUCCAAAAAAAUCCAUGGUUCCAGAGGUUUCCCAUCAUUCUCCUGGUGAAGUUUUAAAGAGUUUCAAAGAGGUCCAAAAUCUGAGGAUUGAAUUGCCUGGUGGUGAACUGGGUAUUGAAGAUGGCGUGCUGCUUAAGUGGAAGGCAGAGUUUGGGACGACUCUAGAAAGCUGUGUCAUUCUUGGGGCUUCUUCAGUUUUAAAUCCUGCCAAGGAUAAGAGAGAUCAGAACUGUGAUUUGGAGAAAUUAGGCCUUCUUCAUGAAAAUGGAGCUUCAGACGAUGAAGACACUGGAAAUGUAACUGAGUCCUUUUACACAAAUGGAGGCCUGAAGUUGAAACUGAGAGUGGUUUGGACAAUCAGCUCCCUCAUUGCUGCUUCUGCAAGGCAUUAUCUUCUUCAGCAUAUCAUAUCAGAGCACCCCACCCUGGAAACUCUUGUUCUUACCGACUCUGAUCGACAGGGAGUAUUGUGCAUGAACAAAAACCAAUUGGAAGAAUUUCGUGAAAAACCUCUAAUUGUAUCGGCUUCAUCUAACAGAACCCAAAUCCCUGCACUCAACAUGAAACUUUGGUAUUCCCCAUCUCUUGAGCUCCCAUGUGGAAUGGUUCUGAAAGGUGCAACCCUGGUUGCAAUCCGCCCUAGUGAUCAUCCACAAUGCAUGGAAACUGAUGGACUUCUGGUUGGUGCUUUUGAGGGACCAUUCAAGAUUGCAGCUAACCUUCUUGCAAAGCAGAGGACAUAUCUUCUGGAGAUGAAUUCAUUCUAGAUUCCUAAACAAAAGUUAUUGGCUUGACUGUUUCAGGAUCCUUUAGGAUGAAGGUCUGGCCUUAUCAAGUUCCGACUCAGUUGUUAUCAGUAUCAUUUUGGAUCAGGCCUCUGAAUUGUCUGCUUACUAAAAUCACUUGAUCAAGGGAAAGAAGAUCAAUCAUUUUGCAUCAUCAAAAAACUGGUAUGAUGCUGGUGUACUUUCAAUACAUGCCUCCUUCCACCUUUGUCAGGAAAUUUAUAACAGAUCUGCUAUGCUUUUUGGACUUACAUGCUAUCUCAGCACAAUAAUAUAUGACGGAACACUUGGCUGUUCUCUAUACCAUUUGUGAGUAGAUAGCGAGGAAAUUGUGUAGAGGUCAUGUUUAUAAUUUUUCUCAUCCUUGAAGGAUAUUGUGCCACUUGGCCAUAAAAAAUUGAAGGCCAAGGUGCUCUUUGACAAGCCUCCAUAAGAAUGUAGAACCUCAAAUAAUUAGUCAAGCAAAGUUAAUUUCAUAAUUAAGCAUCACUGCAUAUAACAUAAUAUGGGUAGGGCAAAUCCAUAUUCUGUCCUCUACGAAAGUAAUUUUAAUAAAAUGGCUUAGUUGUGAGGUCACAUAUAAAUUUGUGUAAUAAGCGUGGCAUAAUGUGCCAAUACCAUCUUGUAAAUGUAUCAUCACUUUUCCAGAGCACAGAGUAUCUCAAUUUGUUUCUUGAUUUUCA